AUGCGUGGCGCGGACAUCCAUCAGCCAGCCAACGGCUUCAGCGUCUCGAAAGUCUUUGAUUUUUGUGAUUCUUUGUGGUUAUUGGAUGCGACGCGUGAUCGCUACCGGGAAAUUUAUCGCCGUUCAUUAGAAUUCAGCGUGCGGCGUGUAGCGAUUGUGGCUGGAAAAGGGCCCGGUCGCGAGAUUGCUGAAUCCUUCACCGAAGUCGAUGAUGACGGCAAUGAAAUCGAAGUUAAACGCUUCUACAUUGAGGGUCGUCAGUUGAAUGGUGGUCGCCGGCAAUGUUAUGAGACACGUAGACGCAAACGUUCUUACGCUUAUGGACAAGAAGACGACAAGUCCAAUGAUGAGAUUCUAACAGCUUCCUCAACGGCGCCAAGCGGUAUUGAUACCGCUGUCUCCAUAGAUGAGGAGGAUGACAUGGAAGAAGAAAAACCGGUUGGUGUGUACGGAAUACGCCAAGGUAGUGCUGACAAUGGGGAACAGAAUAUGGCUGAUAAUGGAGCUGACGUUGAUGAGAAUGAGGAUGGAGACGAAGGCGCAAUCAAUUUGCCUGUCGUGGCGCAGAUUACACAUCAAAGUAGCGUACAGUCCAAUCCAGCUGCUGAGGCCAGUAAUCACAAUGGCAUAGUAAUUGUACAAGGCAAUAUGCCGCCCAAAGUAGAUCCACAAACGCACGCGGUUUUUGAACUGCUGCCGGUAGGAAAUAAAGAAGACGGUGAUGACGGGCUUGAUAGCGACGACUAUGGUGAUGAUUCACAGCUGUUAUAUCAAGAAGAAAUUAGUCCAGUGAGCACGACAGCUAUUUGGUCGACUGGUGAAGACGAACCUCUGCCAUAUGGUCAGGCUGAAUUGGAGACUGAUACUCAAGAUUAUGCUGAUAUAGAUGAGGAACAGAAUAGCACAGCUAAACCCAAACCAUCGAAAAGACCUACAAAGAGACCGACCAAAAAACCUUCCAAAAAGCCAUCGCGCAAACCUUCUAGAAGACCUGUCAAGAAGCGUCCUAACAACAAACGUCCAAAUACAUCGAGUGGCAAACGUCGUCGUCCAAGUAAAAGGAACAAGAAUUCGUCAAAAAGACGUGGCACGAGCAACAAUAAGAGACGUCGCCAACGUCCCAAUUACGAGGAUGACGAUUUCGAUGGUUUGCGCCUGACAGCCAAUCGUCUCAAGAAUCACAAACUAGACAAUUUAAAGUAUAAACGUAAACAGUUGAAUAAGGAGAAUGAAGCCAACCAAGGCACAAAUACUUUUACGAAGACCGAGACGCUUACGCGUACCGGUACAGCCGACGAUGAGAAGAAUGUAAACUGUAUUAUUAUCAACAAAACCACGACACCGCGCCCAUUCUGGGGCCUGUUCGGUCGUAGCGCUGAUGGUGACGAGCCUGAGGCCAAGGAACAGUCGAUACUGUGGAUUACACGAACCUGUUCCGAAGAAGGCGAAGACUGCCUUAUCGGGUUGGAAAGUCCGGAAGACAGGAAGGCUGAAGGAUACAAAGAAAUAACAACAGCAUUCACGCAGAAAGACCAACAGUUGCAACGAGAGCCAGUGCAACGGCGAAGAAGACGGAGGUGGAGAAGAUGGCGCAAAAGGAUAAACAUCCCGUACAAGACCCAGCAGCGCAGCACAGUUAACCCUUUCCAGUGCGAGCGUCUCGCAACGUCGGCUUUACAGUUUCUUUUGCUCUCCCGCCCCACCGACUUGUUUAGCGAUCGUUUUAGCCACUGUGCAGGGCUAUUGACCGCUACAACGGCGGCACCGCUAGUGGCUGGGUCAAUGGCAUGUGCCAAGAAGCAACUAACGGCUGCUGUUAAGCGCUACAACUGUCCGCAACAACUACAGCAAUAA